UCUAGGGCUCCUUUUUCUCCCUUUUCUCUUUCAGCUUCUCCUAAUCCGGUUACCAUGUCGGACCCAGAUAAUGAAGUUUUGCGAAGCACUUUUCCCUCUUACAUGGCGGAGGGCGAGCGGCUCUAUCUAUGCGGCGAAUACACUAAAGCUGCCCAGAGCUUUAGCAAUGCUCUCCACCUUCAGAACGGAGACAAGAACUGUCUGGUUGCCCGCUCCAAGUGUUUCUUGAAGAUGGGAGACCUGGAGAAUUCCUUGAAGGAUGCUGAGGCUUCACUCCAGGGUGACCCAACUUUCUGCAAGGGGAUAUUACAAAAGGCCGAGACACUGUACACCAUGGGAGACUUUGAAUUUGCCUUGGUGUUCUAUCAUCGAGGCUAUAAGCUGCGGCCUGACCGGGAAUUCAAAGUUGGAAUUCAGAAAGCCCAGGAAGCCAUCAACAACUCAGUAGGGAGUCCUUCAUCAGUUAAACUGGAGAACAGAGGGGACCUUUCUUUUUUAAGCAAGCAAGCUGAGAAUAUGAAAGCCCAGCAGAAGCCUCAUCCUGUGAGACACUUCUUGCAUGACACCAAGAGGGAGAGCAAACGGAAGUGCUCGUUGAAGAGUGAGAAGACCAUCCGCCAGCUCCUGGGGGAGCUCUCUGUGGACAAGGAGUACCUGGAAAAGCUUCUACUAGAUGAAGACCUCAUCAAAGGCACUAUCAAGCGCGGCCUGACAGUGGAGGACCUCAUCAUGACCGGCAUCAACUAUCUGGACACUCGCAGCGACUUCUGGAGACAGCAGAAGCCCAUCUAUGCCAGGGAGCGAGACCGGAAGCUGAUGCAAGCGAAAUGGCUACGUGACUCUAAACGCCGUCCCUCGCAGACAGCCCGUUACAUCCUCAAAAGCCUUGAGGAUAUUGACAUGUUGCUGACCAGCGGCAGUGCUGAUGGGAGCCUUCAGAAAGCUGAGAAAGUGCUGAAGAAGGUGUUGGAGUGGAACAAAGAAGAGGUGCCCAACAAGGACGAGCUGGUUGGAAACUUGUACAGCUGCAUCGGGAAUGCCCAGAUUGAACUGGGGCAGAUGGCAGCAGCCCUGCAGAGCCACAGAAAGGACCUGGAGAUCGCCAGGGAAUAUGACCUUCCAGAUGCCAAAUCGAGAGCCCUUGACAACAUUGGCAGGGUUUUUGCUAGAGUUGGGAAAUUCCAGCAAGCCAUUAACACGUGGGAGGAGAAGAUUCCACUGGCAAAAACCACCCUGGAGAAGACCUGGCUGUUCCAUGAGAUUGGUCGCUGCUACCUAGAGCUGGAGCAGGCCUGGCAGGCCCAGUCCUACGGCGAGAAAUCCCAGCAGUGUGCUGAGGAGGAAGGGGAUAUUGAGUGGCAGCUGAACGCCAGUGUCCUGGUGGCGCAGGCACAAGUGAAGCUGAGAGACUUUGAGGCUGCUGUGAGCAACUUUGAGAAGGCCCUGGAGAGGGCGAAGAUUGUCCAUAACAACGAGGCGCAGCAGGCCAUCAUCAGUGCCUUGGACGAUGCCAACAAGGGCAUCAUUGAAGAACUGAAGAAAACGAACUACAGGGAAAUCCUCAAAGAAAAGAGAGAGAGAGAAGAGGCCACAGAAGUGGAUGAUGUCACUGCAGUCAGAAGACUUAAUGAGGAGAUGAAACGGGUGAAAGACGAGCCGGAGAAGGUGAUGAAGCAGUGGGAGAGAGAAAACAUUGAUACAUACGAUGAGGAAGAAUUGAUGAGCAGCACAGGGGAACAGGAAGUAUGUAAAGCGUACUGGGCAGUGUACACGCCAUCACUGGACUCCCGAGUCCCUCCGCGCAGGCGGGCGGCCCCGGAGAGUAAGUGCCUGCAAAGGCGGCGACGGCGGCGCCUCUUCCUCACCAUGCUCUUCUGUGGGCCCAUUGUCCCCCCAUCCUAA